UCUAGUGGACGGAACGCUUCUUUCAGCAGCAGCAACAGUUAUUCAGCCACCUCGGUAGCUUGCUAGCCAAAAUAGCCGAACCCAUAAAGCUCUUUAGACGCUUUAGUGUAUAUUAGCCACUGUAUUUUAAACCCUCGUCUGUCGUCUAGUUAGUUAGUUAUCCUAUUUAAUUUCAUAUUUACGGUGUUGUUAUUAUUCAGCGGGCGGGCUGGUUAAGUUAGCAUUAGCCUAGCUAGCUAACAUCUCCGACCAUGAGUUCACUAAAUUACUCUCUUCCUGCUGAAGAAGAGACAGUCUGCUGGACGGAGAAAGAAGCUCUCAUCAAAGAGGAGGAGGAAGAGAAGGAUGUUACAAUACAAAAACAAGUAGAGGGUGAGGUUGUUACCCUGAAAGAAGAAGAUAAAGACGUUACAGUGAAAGAAGAGGCGUUCAGAGUGAAAGAGGAGGUGGGUGUUACAGUAAAAGAUGAGGAGGUUUCAGUUUUUGAAGUGAAAGCGGAGGAGGGGGAGAAUACGGUCAAAUCAGAAGAAGAGGAAGAGGAGGAGGAAGAGGAGACUGUUACAAUACAAAAACAAGUAGAGGGUGAGGUUGUUACCCUGAAAGAAGAAGAGAAAGACGUUUCAGUGAAAGAAGAGGAAGACGUUACAGUGAAAGAAGAGGCGUUCAGAGUGAAAGAGGAGGAGGGUGUUACAGUAAAAGAUGAGGAGGUUUCAGUUUUUGAAGUGAAAGCGGAGGAGGGGGAGAAUACGGUCAAAUCGGAAGAAGAGGAGGAAGAAACUGGAUAUCUGGGCCCGUUUUCCCAAACGCAAUUUAAGGCAUCCAGUGGUUCUAAAGAUGAACUUAGCCAUAAGAUGGUUUUGAGAAACCGGGCCGUGAUUACCACUGGAGAGAUACGGGACUAUAGUGGAUCCUUUGGGGAGCCUCAACAACAACAUGAUGCUGAAGAGGCAGAGAAGAGUCUCUCCACAUCAGAACACCUCAAGAAACACCCUCAGAGACCCACAGGGAAGAAAUCUCACUGCUGCUCUGACUGUGGGAAGAGAUUAAACUCCUCAGUAAAACUUAAAAUACAUCAAAGAAUUCACACAAGAGAGAAACCAUAUAGCUGUGCUCAAUGUGGGAAAAGUUUUGUUAAAUCUAGCCAUCUGACUGAACACCAGAGAACACACACAGGAGAGAAAUCUUAUAGCUGUGGUCAAUGUGGGAAAAGUUUUACUACAUCUAGCCAGCUGACUUCACACCAGAGAACACACACAGGAGAGAAACCUUAUAGCUGUGGUCAAUGUGGGAAGAGUUUUAGUCAAUUUGGAGAUCUGACAGUGCACCAGAGAAUACACACAGGAGAGAAACCUUAUAGCUGUGAUCAAUGUGGGAAGAGUUUUUCUUCUUCUAGCUAUCUAACUCUACACCAUAGAACACACACAGGAGAGAAACCUUAUAGCUGUGAUCAAUGUGGGAAGAGUUUUACUACAUCUAGCCAGCUGACUUCACACCAGAGAACACACACAGGAGAGAAACCUUAUAGCUGUGGUCAAUGUGGGAAGAGUUUUAGUCAAUCUGGAGAUCUGACAGUGCACCAGAGAAUACACACAGGAGAGAAACCUUAUAGCUGUGAUCAAUGUGGGAAGAGUUUUUCUUCUUCUAGCUAUCUAACUCUACACCAUAGAACACACACAGGAGAGAAAUCUUAUAGCUGUAAUCAAUGUGGGAAGAGUUUUAGUCAAUCUAGCUCUCUGACAGUGCACCAGAGAAUACACACAGGAGAGAAACCAUUUAGCUGUGAUCAAUGUGGGAAGAGUUUUUCUACUUCUAGCUAUCUAAAUAUACACUAUAGAACACACACAGGAGAGAAACCUCUUAGCUGUGGUCAAUGUGGGAAGCGUUUUAGUCAAUCUGGAGAUCUGACAGUGCACCAGAGAAUACACACAGGAGAGAAACCAUUUAGCUGUGAUCAAUGUGGGAAGAGUUUUUCUUCUUCUAGCUCUCUAACUAUACACCAUAGAACACACACAGGAGAGAAACCUUAUAGCUGUAAUCAAUGUGGGAAGAGUUUUAGUAAUUCUAGCUAUGUGACAGUGCACCAGAGAAUACACACAGGAGUGAAACCAUUUAGCUGUGACCAGAGAUAAUCUGAUAAAAGAUCUCUGAUCAAAUAUCAGAACAUUUAUGAAGGAGUUGUUUCAUGAUAUCAAUGAAUUAAUGUCACAAUGUAGAAUGUUUUAACAUUGUAGUAGGAGUAUUUUAAUGUCUCAAUGUAGAAUGUUUUAAUAUAUAGUAUAUUAAUAUACUCUGCAGUCAGUCAGUCAGAAUGUCACAAUGUAGAACCCUAAACGUUUGCCCCCUUAUCAAUUGGUUUCAACAUGAUAUGGACAUUAGGCUCAUUGGGGGAAAUCCAGGCUCUGAAUUGAAAGAGUACUAUUUAUGUGAUUUAACACAAAGUGACUAACACAAAAAGAGUUGUCCUCUAACCAGUGAUGUACACAUUAUUCCCAGAAUCAACUGAUUUCAACAUAAUAUCGAUGAGUUAUGACAAAUAAGUGUUGUGUUCCUUUGUUUAGCGACCCCUAGAUUUAAAUGCAUCACUCCAAAAUGUAGCUGACUGUUUUCUGCAGGUUGUUCUCUAACCAGUGAGCUAAAAAAUAUCUCCCAUUUCCAUGUGUUUUUUUGUUGUUAGUUUCAACAGCACGUACAACCUGAUUUCCCCCCUAAUCGAUAUCCGUGAUUUAUUGCUACUUGUCAAAACAACAGUGUUUUUGGUGCUUGUGCAGUUUAUAAGGAGCUUGUUUUAAAAAAGACAAUUAUUGUGGCAGAUGUUUGUGUAUAUAUCACAUGUUAGGUUUUCAAUUCAUCCCAAACUGUUUCUGCAUAUUGGUUAUUGAUUUGGACACGUUAAAACUGUGUUUUGACAUUGGGGCUAUCCCACCUAGCAAAAUGUAAUUGAAAAGCCGUUGAAAAUAAUACUAUGCAAUCAAAUAUUUCAUAUUUACAUUUCAUGUAACAUUUAGUAAUGAAAAUUAUUCAUGCAACCAACUGACAGUUUUUUGGGUACAAUUAUAUUGACAUUGUUGCCCUGUUUUUAGAAUAUCAGGGUUAAUUCUCAGAUGUGCCAACCCAAAUGUACUAGAGCAUGACAUUGGGGACUGGGCCCCGAUCCAACAACAUGCCUAUCUAGUGAACCCUGAAAAGAGAGAGAAGCUCCGCAGUGAGGUGGAAAGUUACUACAGGUAUUGCAGGAGUUUCCUCUUGAAAUCAGACAUGUCCGUGGUGAGAACAACCUGGUUGCUGAUUGUCUCAAGGGUGGGCAUUCAAAACGUUUUGUGUUUUGCGUUUAGCCAGUGCAUUGCCAUGGAUCACAGUUUAUUUUUACUGCACGUUUUUCCGUAUUAGAGAUGAGUUUUGUUUGGGCUCGUUCCAAGGGGACGAGAGUUCUAGAAGCUAGUCAGUUUUAGGAAGACGAGAGUUCUAGAAGCUGGUGAGUUUUAGGAAGACGAGAGUUCUAGAAGCUAGUCAGUUUUAGGAAGACGAGAGUUCUAGAAGAUUGUGAGUUUUAGGAAGAAGAGAGUUCUAGAAGCUAGUGGGUUUUAGGAAGACGAGAGUUCUAGAAGCUAUAGAAAGAAAAUCUUUGUGGGAAUAAUAAAAAAUAAAUAUUGUUUUUAAUUGUUGUUUGCCAGUAGACAGACACCAUGUUUAUAUUGGUGACGGUGAAGCAUUGUAGUUGAUUAUAAUGUGAAAUGGAAGUUGUUUUCUGUUGUUGGUGAGCAUUCUCUUAAGGUGUUAGUUAGUCUUUGGUUUUUCCAUUUAUGUUUUGAGGUUGGACAUUAGCACGUAUAGCUCGUUAGCACGUAGGACGCACUGAUUGGUGUCACCUCGUUAGUCAGUAUGUGUUACACCUGUGCUGGCUUGUCCAUCUCGUUAGUGGGAAGGUGUUUCACCUGAGCUGGUCCAGGUUCUAUUUAAGAGUGUCUGGCCCAGUGCUCCAGUUGUCUUGAUAGAUGUGGAGAGUUAACACCUUUAGUUGCUCCACCUUUUUGGUUUGCUUCCUGUCUUUAAGUUUGGUGUGGGUUUUUCUUUUGUUUGCCUCUUCUUGGGCAGAUUUAGUGGGUCUCAUGGUAGGUGUCUUUUAUGUCCCAGUUGUUGUUACUUGUCAAUUUUCAGUGGACACCCCCAUAGUGUCUUUGAGAACCCCUCCUAAAAAAAAAGCUUAUAUUUUGGGUUGGAUAUUGCAUUCAAUUAGUGUUUUAAUCAUUGGCAUUUCCUUAGAAUGCUCAUUGGUCUUUCAGUUGUUAAUCUUCUGUUAUUUUUGUGUACUAAAUAUUUCUGGUUAUUUUCAUUGUUUUCUCCUGUGAAGCCAUUGUGUUGCAUCCACGUCUGAAAUGUGCUGUAUAAAUAAAGCUUGAUUUGAUUUUAAGAAAUGAA